CGGCCCUACCCACCAGACUGCCAUUCCGGCCCAGCUAUGUCCCGCCGGAAGCUGGCCUCAGGCGGCGCCGAGGACGCCGGCCCAGCUCCUGCAAGGCAAGCGGUUUUGAGCAGAUUCUUCCGAUCUGCGGGGAGUGUGAAGUCCACCUCCUCCCCCACGGUUGCAGCCGAGAAGGCAGACCCCGACUCCGCAGCGCCCCCAGCGUCCACUUCCCCAGCCGGACGGCUGCCUCACGCGGCCGCAGAACUUGACAGAAGGAAAAAGAGAACAUUGGAGAAUGAUGGACCUGUUAAAAAGCGAGCAAAGAAAGCGCAAGAAAAAGAAAGAGGAAUCGAUUUGGUAGUUUCUGGGAACUCUGAAUCAAAAAAAUGUCUGAGGACCAGAAAUGUUUCACAAGCUCUGGAGAAACUGAAAGCAUUCUGCUGCGAUUCUGCUCUCCCUGCAAAUCGAGCCCCAACCGAGCCUGGUCCAGAGAGAUUUGCGGUCUUACCCAGAUGUACUGAUUUCGAUGACAUCCAUCUUCUGCAAGCUGAGACUGCAGCUUCUUCUGAAGAUGCCCAAACAAAAAGUCAAUGCAAGGGCAGAACACUAACUUCUGAUCCUAAGGCGUCGAGCAGACGGACCAAAAGUGUCUACACUCCAUUAGAGUUGCAGUACAUGGCAAUGAAGGAGCAGCAUAAAGAUGCCAUUUUGUGCGUGGAAUGUGGGUACAAGUAUAGAUUCUUCGGUGACGAUGCCGAGAUUGCAGCCCGGGAGCUCAAUAUUUACUGCCACUUGGACCACAACUUUAUGACAGCAAGUAUUCCGACUCAUAGACUGUUUGUUCAUGUGCGCCGCCUUGUGGCCAAAGGAUAUAAGGUGGGUGUGGUGAAGCAGACUGAAACUGCCGCCCUGAAGGCCGCUGGGGACAACAAAAGCUCUCUCUUCUCCCGGAAGCUGACUGCUCUUUAUACAAAAUCUACCCUGAUUGGUGAGGAUGUGAAUCCCCUGGUCAAGAUGGAUGAUGCUGUAAAUGUUGAUGAGUUAACGACCGAUGCUUCCACCAACUAUCUGCUGUGUGUCUGUGAAAAUAAAGAAUCUGCGAAGGACAAGAAGAAGGGGAACGCUUUUAUUGGCAUUGUGGGAGUGCAGCCUGCGACGGGCGAGGUUGUGUUUGAUAGUUUCCAGGACUCGGCUUCCCGCUCUGAGCUGGAAACUCGGAUCUCGUGCCUGCAGCCGGUGGAGCUGCUGCUGCCCUCAGACUUGUCAGUCCACACGGAGGCGCUCGUCCUUAGGGCAACUGCCGUCAGUGUACGGGAUGACAGAAUCCGAGUUGAAAGGAUGGAUGCCAUCCAUUUUGAAUACAGCCACGCCUUCCAGGUGGUCACAGAUUUUUAUGCAAAAGAUGCAGUUGACACCAAAGGGUCUCAAUUUUUUUCUGGCAUCAUGAAUCUGGAAAAGCCGGUGAUUGGCUCUUUGGCUGCCAUAAUCAGAUACCUCAAAGAAUUUAACUUAGAAAAAAUGCUCUCCAAGCCCAAGAAUUUUAAACGGUUGUCAAGUGAGGUGGAAUUUAUGACAAUUAAUGGAGCAACAUUACAGAAUCUGGAAAUCCUGCAGAAUCAGACUAAUAAGAAAACUCAUGGAAGUUUAUUUUGGGUUUUAGACCAUACAAAAACAUCAUUUGGGAGGCGCAAAUUGAAGAAAUGGGUGACCCAGCCACUCCUUAAAUUAAGGGAAAUAAAUGCUCGACUUGAUGCUGUAUCUGAAGUUCUCCAUUCAGAAUCUAGUGUGUUUGGUCAGAUAGAAAAUCAUCUACACAAAUUGCCAGACAUAGAGCGAGGACUUUGUAGCAUCUAUCACAAAAAAUGUUCUACCCAAGAGUUCUUCUUGAUCGCCAGGACUCUGUAUCACUUGCUGUUGGAACUUCAAGCAUUAAUACCUGCUGCGAGUUCCCACAUUCAAUCCGACUUGCUCCAGGCAUGUAUUUUAGAGAUCCCGGGACUCCUCACGCCAGUGGAGCAUUAUGUAAAGAUACUAAAUGAACAUGCUGCCAAAGUUGGGGAUAAAACUGAAUUGUUCAAAGACCUUUCUGAUUUUCCCUUAAUAAAAAAGAGGAAGGAGGAAAUUCAAGAAAUUACCAACAAGAUCCAAAUACAUUUGCAAGAAAUACGAAGAGUACUGAAAGAUCCUUCUGCACAGUAUGUGACCGUGUCCGGACAGGAGUUUAUGAUUGAAAUCAAGAAUUCUGCUCUAUCGUGUAUACCAUCUGAUUGGGUCAAGGUUGGAAGCACAAAAGCUGUGAGCCGCUUUCAUUCUCCUUUCAUCGUAGAAAAUUACCGACAUCUGAAUCAGCUCCGGGAGCAUCUAAUCCUUGACUGCAAUGCUGAGUGGCUAGAUUUUCUAGACGCAUCGUACUCGCUGCCUCCAGUGCCUUCUGGUGCCGUUCUGUGUCUGCUUUUAACUGUGCUCCAGUAUCCACUGAUUGAACCUCCUCAGGAUUCCGGUUCAGCUCCCAGGAGAGGGGACUCCGAGAGAGUAAUGAUAAUUACUGGCCCCAACAUGGGUGGAAAGAGUUCCUACAUAAAACAGGUGGCACUCAUCACCAUCAUGGCUCAGAUUGGCUCCUACGUUCCUGCGGAAGAAGCCAUAAUUGGGAUUGUGGAUGGCAUUUUCACGAGGAUGGGUGCUGCUGAUAACAUAUGUAAGGGACAGAGCACAUUCAUGGAAGAGCUGGCAGACACUGCGGAAAUACUAAGGAAGGCCACAGCCCAGUCCUUGGUUAUCGUGGAUGAACUGGGAAGAGGGACGAGCACGCACGAUGGAAUCGCCAUUGCUUAUGCGACGCUUGAACAUUUUAUUAGAGAUGUAAGUAUCCUGCGUACUUUCCUACUCUGAUUUGCAUAUGUAUGUGUGUAUUUGUAUAUGUAUAUAUGGAAUUAUCACAUGGGAUUUUUGGUCAGUAAAGAUGAAAAUAAACAGGAUUCAGGUGGAAAAGGAGAACAAAUCCCCGACUUUGUCACAUUUCUUUAUCAAAUAACCAGCGGAAUUGCAGCAAGGAGUUAUGGACUCAAUGUGGCAAAACUCGCAGAUAUUCCUGGAGAAAUUUUAAGGACAGCAGCUUGCAAAUCCAAGGACCUUGAAGGACUAGUAAAUAUGAAAAGGAAAAGGCUAAAAUAUUUUGCAAAGUUAUGGACAAUAGAUGAAGCAGAAGACCUCCAAAAGUGGACAAGUGAGUUUGACUUAGAAGAAAUUACGGGUGACUCUUCUUGAUUGAAAUGAAGACUACGUUUUUGGAUGGAACAACAAACACUCCAGGACAGGCCCGUCUUUGUAGGACUCGGAAGCACUGCAGAUUCAUGACCACUGGAAUGUCCCCGGUGGAAUAGCGCCACUGGAAACCUCGAGGCCUUGUGUGUUGAGAGCCCUUUUAAUAGGUCCCUGUCUUCCGACUUUUAAAAGUAUAAAUUCCAUUGAAUGUUAAGACCUCCGCAUGUACUUAGACAAUUUAAUGGACAGUAAGCUUCAUAUAAAAUCAAAGCCUCUCAGGAAAACUUAUAGUGGUGUUAUAUAAUUCAUGAACUUUUAGAGAGAUACAAAAAUAAAUAAAUUCACAUUGUUA